UCAGCUCAACAGUUGGGCUAUAACAACUCUGACGGACGUACGAAUUAUACGGAACAAUAGAAACCACGAAAAAAUCGAACCGUACCGUAGCGUUUUUUUUUAUUAACGUCGAGUUUCAGUUCGGCUAACAAGUGUCAUUGAGUGGGGAGUGAAACUACAAUUAAAUGGACUAAUACUUAACAAUCCGGAUAGUUGUAUUCUAAUUAAUAGAACGUUUAUAUAUAACACCUGUUAUAAAUAUUUUAAUUAAAGUUGAUUUAAAAAAAAAAAACGACAACGGCUGAAAAAUGUUUUAUCGUAGCAGCUGUCUGGUGUUUCUGUUGGUCGCCGUAGUGGGCCUCACUCAAGCUCAGGUGAACCGAGAUGAAUUGUUCCCCCUGUCCAUAAUUCACAUAAAUGAUUUUCACGCAAGGUUUGAACCCACCGAUGGCACGGGUGGAAAUUGUGAUGCCGAUGAGGUUUGUAUCGGUGGUUAUGCUCGUACCGUGUACACUGUUAAAAAGUUGCUGGAAGAACAAAAGGAUAAAAAUGCUGUGUAUUUUAAUGCCGGUGACAGCUUCCAGGGCACGUUGUGGUACAAUGUUGGGCGCUGGAAUGUUACAAGUCAAUUUUUGAAUAUGUUGCCAGCUGAUGCAAUGACACUGGGCAAUCAUGAAUUCGAUCAUGGCGUUGAGGGUGUUGUGCCUUUCAUUGAAUCACUAAACAGCCCCAUGUUGGUCGCCAACAUGGAUGCCACCAAUGAACCAACCAUGCAGGGUAUUUAUAAAAACUCCACCAUUAUUGUGAGGAACAAUCGCAAAAUCGGUGUUAUUGGUGUGAUCCUGGAGACGACCUAUGAUCUUGCAAACACCGGCAAAUUAAUAUUCCGCAAUGAAAGUGACACCAUUGUUGAGGAGGCCCAAAAACUGAAGGCUGAAGGUGCCAACAUCAUUAUUGUCAUUUCCCAUUGUGGCUAUGAUGUGGACCAACUGAUUGCCGCCAAUGCUGGCUCAGAAGUUGAUGUCAUCGUUGGUUCGCAUUCGCAUACUUUCCUUUAUACCGGUGAUAAUCCACCGGGUCCCGAUAAACCAAGAGGUGAUUAUCCUACACAAAUUACCCAUGCAUCGGGACAUCGUGUCUUGAUUGUCCAGGCCGGAGCAUAUGCCAAAUAUGUUGGUAAUCUGACAGUUUUCUUUGACGAUGAUGGCAAUAUUGUGGACUUUGAAGGAGCACCGCUUUAUAUGGGAGCUGAUGUACCACAAGAUCCAGAAGUUGUUGAAGCCAUGAAACCCUGGCAAGAGGUCAUUGAUGCCCAAGGCAAAGUUGUUGUGGGUGAAACGGUGGUGGAUCUUCUGAAAAGUCCCUGCAGUUAUCAAGAAUGUAAUUUGGGUAACUUUUUCACAGAUGCCAUGGUGCAUGCGUUCCUCAAUUUAGCACCAUAUGAGAAACCAGAUUGGACAACUGUACCCAUUGGUCUGGUCAAUACUGGAGCCUUGAGAGUUCCUCUGUACAAAGGAAACCUCACCUAUUCCCACAUUGUGACGAUGUCACCGUUUGAGAAUGUUUUAACCGCCUUCGAUUUGCCCGCUGAUAAAUUGCGGGAAGCUCUGGAAUUUGGUGUUAGUAAAAUUGACUAUGAAAAUAAUGUAACAAGUUCCAGUAUUUUCCUACAAGUGUCUGGUCUGAAGAUUACCUAUGAUUUUAAGAAACCGGUAAAUCAACGUGUUGUGAAUUUGAAGGUGCGCUGUAGUUCUUGUUCGGUGCCAAGAUACGAAACCUUUGAUGAAAAGGCGACAUAUCGUAUUGUGGCGCCCAAUUUCUUGCAGGAUGGUGGUGAUGGUUUCCACAUGUUCCGUGAUUAUGGCACUAAUGUCCAGCCCUACGUUACCGAUUUGGAUGCUUUGUUGGCCUACACUGAGACUGUCUCGCCCAUUUACAGUGGCAUUGAGGGUCGUAUUAAAGUUGUGUGAAGACAUAGAAGCCGACCUUAGCCAAUUAUAUUUUAAUAAAUAAAAUAAAGUCACAGUAUUAAAUUUUUAAAAA